AUGCUUGCUUCGCCGCCCAGCGUCGUCCCUCUUCCUUCGUCCCCAUCCGCCGCUAGCGCGUCUCUACCCAUCUCUUCAGCCCAAGCGAGCACCUCCGCCCUUUUCAGGGAUCCUCGCGUCGGCUACACCCCGCCCGUCCCAGACCCAGCGCUCGCGCUUCUACAGACUACUCCGCCGACAACGCCUGCCGUCCAGUUCGCCCCGUCGGCUAGCACAGUCAGCCUAGCGUCCUCGACCAGCGCCUCGCUUUCCGGACGACCCAAGCAGACUGCACCACCCGUCGGAACCCCUCACUUCCUCUUCCAGACGACUCCCAUGGCAACUCGACGACCCAAGACGGCAGACUCGGCGAGGGUGAAGAAGGAUGGGCCGCUGAAGAAGGCACUGGGAGGAUUCUUUGGCAUCGCAUCAGCUUCGACCAGUUCGUUCCAGACGUCGCAAACGAGUCGCUCAGUCGAAACGGCCAAGGCCCCGACUGUCGACCCGCUCACUCGGCGAAUGAAGGCGCUGGACAUGGCUCGCGAAGGCGGGCGCAGGGCGGUCGCAUACAUCAGGCGGAAACUCAACUCCAAGACUCCGGCUGAGGAGCUGCCAAAGACAUGGAAGGAGUACGAGCAUCUCUACGCCACCAACGCGAUCGACAUCGAAGACCCGCCUGUGCCGCCUGAGCGCGAAGCUCCCCAAGGCGCCGAGCCGACGGUCUACCAGCAGCGCUUCUUCCCGGCUCCUAUGCCUGCAUACGAAGCUCUGCGCCAGAACGUCAUUAACCGCCUCGAUCUCUUCGGCACGAAGGCGAAGGCGGCGAACGCCAGUCAGACGACGCUCGACAUUGCGACUCGCGCAGAGUCCGCACCGAUGGCACCGUCCGCGAGCGCAACGAGCGCCGUUUCGCGCAACAGCUACCUCACGACGAGCGAAGCGCCCUCCUCACGCCGCAACUCGACUGGGGCAUUUUCCACGAUGUCGACUGCCACUUCCGCGACGUCUGCCCCUCCAACUCCCGGCACUCCCGCCGAUCCUGCAACCGAUGUCGUCGAGUCGCUCGAAAACCACCCCAUCUUCCGCUCCAUCAUCGCCCGUUGCCGCGAGGUGCUCAAUGCCGAAGUCGGCCUCUUGACCAUUCUCGACGAAGGCUCGCAACUCUUCCUCGCGUCCGGCGGUUUGCCUGACGGUGUCGGCGACUCUUUACCGAGGAGCGCGAGCUUCUGCGGUCACACGAUCCUAAACGAGGACCGCGGCAUGGUUGUGUUGAACGCGGUCGACGACUGGAGGUUCGCGAACAACAUGAUCACAACGCACCUCGGCGCUCGCUUCUACGCCGGCGUCCCUGUCACCGUUCCGACCGACGACCCGACUCAGCCGACCGUCCCGAUCGGCUCGCUCUGCAUCCUCGACACAAAGCCGCGCGACGAGUUCUCCGAGGCUCAGCGACGAGUCCUCCGCGACCUCGCCAAGCAGGCGUCGAACGCUAUCGAGGCGUGGUGGAACGAGCGCCUCGCGGCCAAGAUGGAGCGUCUGCAAGGCGCCUUCGUCGCGGGCUCUACAGCGCGAGUGACGAAGCCUGCCAUCCUUCCUCCGCCCGGACUGGCCGCGCUGAGCCAGAGUCCCCGACCGUCCUCCGCUAGCGGCUUCUCCACAAGGUCAUCGACUUCUCUGCGUCAACCCAAGCCGUCCGUGCACCCCCCAGCCGCAUCUCUGCCGGCGACUCCUCCCGCCUCGAUCCGCCAAGGAGAAGUGCGCGGGCACGGCAGGAAGGACUCCGAUAUCGACUCGACGACGUCGUCGGUACCAGCCAGCGAGAUUGUCGCUCCUAGGCGACCUUCCGCCCUUUCGCUCGCCGUGACGACCGAGGACCCCAUCUCCGCCUUGCCGCGCGAAGUGCAGAAGACAUUCGACACCGCGACCAAGAUGCUCGCCAAGUCGCUCGAGCUCGAGCUCGUCUACCUCGCCGCGCUCGACAUCGCGCUGGCUUCGUCGACGGACCCUUCGGCAUCGCCUCUACGCAUCCUCUCCUCACACGGCCUUCCUCACCCUCCACCCUCCUUCGAUCCGGCGCUGCACCUGAAGGCCCUCCGUGCGCCCGAAGGCGGCUUGAUCUACAAGAACCCGCGCUACUCGCCAUCUGCGGCCGCCAGCUAUGCAUCCGGCAUCAUGCUCCCCGUCCUAGAGGUGCGAAGGGUCGGCUUCGUCCUCUGCGCCUACAGCCGGAACGGCGAGCGCGAGUUCACUCAGCGCGACCUCGCCUUUACCGUCAAGUUCGCGCAAGCGCUUGAGACGUCGUGCAUCAAGGCGAGUCGGUACUAA